CGGCGCACGGGGCCGACCUGCCGCCUCGGCGCGGCCCCGCGGGGCGGCCACGGGGCCAUUGUCCGCCCGCCGCUAUAAGAGCGGCCGGCCGCGCCGUCGUGUGCCAAAGCCGCCGCUCACACGAGCGGAUCGCAGCCCGCAGCACUUCAAAGCCACGCGCGGUCGCGUGUCCCCCCCGCCCCGCCUUUCCCCGGGCUUUGGCUUUUUUUUUUUUUUCGCCUUUUUUUUUUUUUUUCCCUCCGGAGCUGUGUCCCCUGCUUUUCCCUAUAGCGGCCGGCUCGGCUCUUUCGUCUCUGUGUUUUUGUACCGUUAUUGCUUAUCCUCAUCCCCGGGAGUGCCUUUCCAUGAUGCCCGCCGAGGCGCCCAGCAGCGGCGAGGGCGCGGAGCCCGGCGCUCCGCGGGAGCGGCGGAGGCGGCGCGGCCGUGCGCGGGCGCGGACCGAGGCGCUGCUGCACACGCUGAAGCGCAGCCGGCGGGUCAAGGCCAACGACCGCGAGCGGAACCGCAUGCACCACCUCAACGCCGCGCUGGACGAGCUCCGCAGCGUCCUGCCCACCUUCCCCGACGACACCAAGCUCACCAAGAUCGAGACCCUGCGCUUCGCCUACAACUACAUCUGGGCCCUCUCCGAGACCCUCCGCCUGGCCGAGCAGUGCCUCCCGCCGCCCCCCGCCUUCCGCGGGGCCGCCGCGCCCCCCAGCCCCGGCAGCGACGCGGGGUCCUGGCUGUCCAGCGCCUCCCCGUCCGCCCCUUCGCUCUGCGCCUCCGCCUCCGGCCCCAGCAGCCCCGCCACCUCCGAGGACUGCGCUUAUGCGCCCGCCGACAGCCUAAGGGGGUUCCGCGGGCUGCCCGCCGGCCCGGGCGCGCCCCUCCGCUAGCGCGCAGCGCCCCGCGCCCCCCGCGCCCAGGGCCGCCCGCGGACGGGGGGUGAGGGGGGGCCUCGUCCCGUUGCACUUUUCAUCACUCUCCCUCCCCCCAGCCCCUUCCCCCCGACCCCCACCUCGCCUCCCGCUCCACUCCGAAAAACGGGGAAGAAGAAAAGCGACAGAUUUGCUGCCGCAGACGAGGUGAAAAGUCAAUUUUACAAUUUGUAGCUCUCCAGCGAAGAAAAACGAGCAUGAAAAUUUGGUUUGAACGCCCUGACAAUGCCAUGAAAAGGCUUAAGGGGCCGAUGCGGCCCGGGGCGCAGCGCGGGGCUCAGCGCGUCUCCCCGGCCCUGCCCCGGGGCGGCUCAGCCCCUCCCGGGGGUCCCAGCACCGGCCCCGAUGGGACCCCGCACCCGGCGGACAGCGGAGAGGCUCAUGCAUUAUAGAUGCUGACCCCCAGCGCGGCCGGCCUGCUUUAGGCUGGGAGCAGACACGGGGUAUUCAGUGACUGGACCAGAGAGCGGUUUAAUUUAUUCAAGAUGUUCAUUCAUAUGAAAAUUGUAUUUUUGUACAUAAAGAGCUUUAUUCUAUUAUUAUACCUCUUAUCGAAGUGGGGGUUUUGUUUUGGUUUGGUUUUUUUGGUUUGUUUUUUU